AUGAACACCGAGGUGGAUGCUUGGGCCAUUUUCACUUUGGCACAAUUCUACGAUCCUCCCUUGCGGUGUUUCACAUUCCAGGACUUCCAAUUGGCGCCAACAUUGGAAGAGUUCUCACAUAUAGCAGACAUUGGUAUUAAGGAUGAAUUCCCUUACACCGGUCUAGGGGAAUUUCCUACACAUCAACAAAUAGGUUCAUCUAUACAUCUAGAUAAAGCGGAAGUGAAAACUAAUCUUAGACCAAAAGGAGACACUUUGGGCUUCACUUUGAAGUUCUUAGUGGGAAAAGCUUCAGAUUUCAAAAGUAAAGAAGAUUGGGUCGCUUUCAAUGUCGUGUUAGCCUUGAUACUCUAUGGGAUUGUCUUGUUCCCGAACAUUGAUGACUUCGUGGACAUGACUGCUAUACGCAUUUUCUUGCUUAAGAAUCCCAUUCCCACCUUGCUUGCAGAUGUUCAUCACUCCAUCCAUUGGAGAAAUGAGAAGAAUGGGGGGAUGAUCCAGUGUUGCGCUCCUUUACUGUAUAAAUGGUUCUUAUCUCACUUACCAAGCGAAGGGCCUUUUGUUCAGAACAAGGAUAACCUCAAGUGGUCUCAAAAAAUCAUGUCUCUCACUGCCAAUGACAUCACCUGGUACUCUCGUGUUUAUGAUGAUGUGGACAUAAUCGUCAAAUGUGGCAACUUCCAUAAUGUGCCACUCAUAGGAACUCAAGGUUGCAUCAAUUACAACCCUGAGCUUGCUAUGCGGCAACUUGGGUUUCCUAUGGAUGACAAACCAGAAGACAAGUUGUUAGAAGGUUUCUUGCUGGGAGAAGGAGUGAAGGACUUUGAUCCGGUGAAGAGGAUAGGUCGUGCCUGGACUAAAGUUCGUAGAGAAGGAAAAAGGGAGCGUGGAAAGAAGAAUUGUAUAGCUAGAGGGCCAUAUACGAGUUAG